UGUCACAUCGGAAUCCGCUGCCAAAGAUUUGUUGCUUUUCUGCGAUGACCGCGCAAAGUCAAGAGGCGACGUCUCGGUAGCGGCGCCGCCACCGUCCUCCAUCCGCACCCGCUCUUCUCCCCCUUUCCCCCCCCUUAUUUGCCGCCGCCAUGCGCGGGCUCGCCUGCGUCCCCGCCGCCCCGCUGCUCCUGCUGCUGCUGUCCUGCUGCGCUCGUGUCCGGGGAUACUUCGCGGAGGAGCGCUGGAGCCCGGAGUCUGCGCUGCUCUCGCCCCGGGUCCUGGUCGCAAUCAUCUGCAGAAACGCCGAGCACUCGCUGCCCUAUUUCCUCGGCACCGUCGAGCGCCUCAACUACCCCAAGGACCGCAUGGCUCUGUGGGUGGCUACUGAUCAUAACGAGGACAACACCACUCAUAUCCUGCGUGACUGGCUCGUCAAGGUGCAGAAUCUGUACCAUUACGUGGAGUGGAGGCCAAAAGACAAACCCAGCCGCUUUGCAGAAGAAGACAGUCCAAAGCAUUGGCCAGAUGCUCGUUACGAGAACGUUAUGAAGCUUCGGCAAGUAGCGCUGGAGUCGGCGCGUGAGAUGUGGGCAGACUACAUUUUGCUGUUAGAUUGCGACAACCUCCUCACCAACCCCGAUGUGCUCUGGAAGCUCAUGAGAGAGAACAAGACCAUUAUUGCACCAAUGCUUGAGUCCCGUGCAGCCUAUUCAAACUUCUGGUGCGGAAUGACCUCACAGGGUUACUAUAAACGCACACCUGCCUACAUACCCAUGAGGAAGCAGCUGCGGAAGGGCUGUUUUGCCGUACCCAUGGUUCACUCCACUUUCCUGAUAGACCUCCGAAAGGAGGCGUCCAGGCAGCUGGCCUUUCACCCUCCACACUCGGAAUACAACUGGGCAUUUGAUGACAUCAUUGUGUUUGCUUUCUCUGCUCGAAUGGCAGAUGUUCAAAUGUUUGUGUGCAACAAAGAGACCUAUGGUUACAUGCCUGUGCCACUGCGAUCUCACCACACUUUGCAAGAUGAAGCUGAAAGCUUCUUGCACUCCUUGCUUGAGGUUAAUGUGAGACAUUCCCCAGUGAUGCCAUCAAAAUACACUCGUGUACCUAGAAAAUAUCCUGACAAAAUGGGCUUUGAUGAGGUGUUCAUGAUAAACCUGGAGAGACGGACGGACCGGAGAGAGCGCAUGCUGAGGGCCUUGUACAAGCAAGAGAUCGCUUGUAAGGUCAUCGCAGCUGUAGAUGGAAAAGCGAUGAAUGUGAGUGAAGUUAAUGCUAUGGGCAUCCACAUGCUCCCUGGUUACAGUGACCCUUACCACGGCCGCCCACUCACAAAAGGAGAGCUGGGCUGUUUCCUUUCCCACUAUAACAUCUGGAAAGAGAUCGUGGAGCGAGGCCUGCGCACUUCUCUGGUGAUCGAAGACGACCUACGCUUCGAAGUGUUCUUCAAGCGUCGCUUGAUGAACUUGAUGAAGGAGGUGGAGAACGAAGGACUGGACUGGGACCUCAUUUAUAUUGGCCGGAAGAGAAUGCAAGUGGAUCGGCCCGAGAAAGCCGUGCCUAAUGUGCACAACUUAGUAGAAGCAGAUUAUUCAUACUGGACACUGGGAUAUAUGAUGUCAUUACAAGGUGCCAAAAAGCUUUUAAAGGCUGAACCACUGAAGAAGAUUUUGCCAGUGGAUGAAUUUCUUCCUAUUAUGUACAAUAAACAUCCGGUAACUGACUAUAUGGAACAGUUCGAAACCAGGGACCUGAAAGCAUUUUCCGCAGAGCCUCUUCUGGUCUACCCGACGCAUUACACAGGCGACCCGGGCUACAUCAGUGACACCGAGACCUCGACGGUGUGGGACAACGACAAGCGCCGCACCGACUGGGACCGAGCGCGCUCGGGAAAGACGCGGGAGCAGGCCGAGAUCAGCACCGAGGCCCAGAACACGGACGUGCUCCAGUCUCCCUUGGAUAGCACGGCACGGGACGAGCUAUGAGAGCAGCUGGAGCACAGAGUGACUGCAGACAAUAACAAUCCCUGAUUAUGGCAUCAGGUGCAUUUGUUGGUUUCGGUCAUGGUUGUCUGUUUAUAGUAUUUGCUCGAGCAAGGCACUAGACUUGCCAUUUUGAAUGGCAUUUGCAGUCCAACAUCUGUCUGUCAUACAGAAAAGGGAAAGAAAUUGACCGUAUAUAUUAGCCAAAACAUUUCAGUCAUUUUACAGUUAAUAUAUGUCUAAUUGGACAUUAUACUGUAAAAUGCUUUAUAUUACUAAUAAUGAAUUAUGCUUUGGCCACAGUUUAAGUAAUGGGAUUUAAGAGACCCACACAACACAUUCUUUGGAUGUCCUUGUUGUUAUAUUUAGUAUUUUCUUUUAAAAUGAACUGAAUUGCAGGUGCUUGCAGCAGAGCUUCACCCAAACGAAAGAAACACGCAACUAUUAGACUCAUGGGAGGACAGUAAGUAAUUAUUCCUUUAUUAUUUGCCACCAAGCUGCUGUUCACACAGUUCUGAAUGCAAAAUAGCUGACGUGGCUUUUUGUGACCUCCCAAGCUCACGCGUCACACUUCUUUUCGCCUCAGACUUUAAGUAUUGAGGUCGAGCAGCAAAAAAAGAAUCCACAAUCUCUAAUCUCUCGCUCAUCCUGCUCGUCACUACACUAACCAUAGCUGAUUGCUUUACAGUAUGGAUGUUCACCUUUUGAUGUUUUGUAUUAGUGGGGCUUUUUGACAAUAAAAAAAAAUAAAAUGAC